UCAAUUAAGUUUAAGAUUCCCAUCUAUUUUGCUACGCUGAGCAACACAUCAUCGCUUCUCUUCCAGCUUUGGCCUCCGGGCUCCUGCUCAAACCUAAAGAGAUAUUUUCUAUUAAAUAAAAAAGUAAAAAAAAAAAAUCUCUUUCCUUUCCCACUUCGAUUACAACAGAAGCAGCUAUACAUAUACAUCAACAAAUACAUCUUUUUCUCUCUCUCAGAAGCAGCAGCCACCCUAGUUCGUCUGAGAGGGAGAGGACAUGGCACCGCCGGUAGCAGCAGGGCCGCAGAGACAGCAGCAGCAGCAGCAGAAUGGGGGAAUAGGGCAGACUAUUACCGGAAUCAUUAGGAUUGCUGUCUUUUGGUAUUUCGCUUCCAAAUUCUUCGCUCCUAAGAGACCCUCCGAUCCUUCUCUUCUUAUCUCCAAUCUCUUCCAAAAGGGAGAUUCUCUGGAUUUGUGGUUUUAUCUUUCUGAGCAGGAAAAGUUUAAUGACUUCAACAAUGAAGCUGCACUUGUUUGGCAUGAAACUAACAUACCUUAUGCUGUUUGGGGACCAGAGAGUACCAGAUCUCUUUCUAUGAAAUACUAUCCAUCUGAGGCAGUGAAGCAAAAUGGCACUGUUUAUGGCCAUGUUUUCUUUGCACGGUCUGGGUAUCCUCCAGACCCAAAUGAUCCAGAGUACCAACCUCUUUUUGCCUUUGGAAAGACUUAUCCUGUUGUGACGUACUUGCCCAAGUCAAAGGCAGACAAAAGGAGGAGUCUGUUGGGGAACUCGAAACGAUCUGAUGAGGGGGAAAUUAUCUCCCAGGUUGUUGGUGAUAAUGAAGUUGAUCCUAAAGAUGUUGGCCCCGUGGAAUGGGUUUCAUAUUGGAAACCUAAUGUUACAAUUAAUCUGGUUGAUGAUAUGACAAAAUACCCACAUAGUUCUGUACCACCAAAUAUUGCUCCUUACUUGAAUGUUGAGCCUAGUACAGGGAAUUACUACCCCACCAUAUUCUUCAAUGAAUUUUGGUUGCUUAGAGAUAAGCUGAUCCCAGUCAAUGAGACAGUGACGGAGUUGCCACUUAAUCUGGAGGUGGGCCCUAUAAGCAUGACAAAGUGGCAACUAUUCCUGCAGAUUGAUCAAUCAUUUCAGAUUCAUCGCACUUAUGGAAGCAUGCUUGAAGGCGAGGCUGAUGAACUGAAGAGGGUCUUCUUGGAAGGAAAUCCAUACCUCUUGGUGAUCACAAUGGUUGUUUCAUUACUUCAUUCGGUCUUUGACUUCUUAGCAUUCAAGAAUGAUAUCCAAUUUUGGAACAAAAAUAAGUCGAUGGAAGGGCUCUCUGCAAAAUCUGUUGUUGUGAGCUUUAUAUGUCAGCUCAUCGUCUUUCUUUAUCUACUUGACAAUGACACUUCAUGGAUGAUACUUGCAAGUUCUGGAAUUGGUUGCUGUAUUGAGUUUUGGAAAAUAGGGAAAGCCAUGCACAUAGAGAUUGAUAGAAGUGGAAAGAUACCUAUGUUGAAGUUCCGAGAUCGUGAGUCUUAUGCUGGAAAUAAGACAAAGGAAUAUGAUGACCUUGCAAUGAAGUAUUUGUCUUAUGUGCUCUUCUUUCUUGUUGCAUGCUCUUCUGUUUACUCGCUCAUGUAUGAGCGCCACAAGAGCUGGUAUUCUUGGAUUCUCUCUUCACUCACAAGCUGUGUGUACAUGUUUGGUUUUAUUAUGAUGUGCCCUCAGCUGUUCAUAAAUUAUAAGUUGAAAUCUGUGGCUCAUCUACCAUGGAGGCAGAUGACGUACAAGUUCCUGAAUACCAUAAUUGAUGAUCUCUUUGCAUUUGUCAUAAAAAUGCCAACACUACAUCGGCUUUCUGUCUUCCGUGAUGAUGUCAUAUUUUUGAUAUAUCUAUACCAGCGAUGGAUUUAUCCAGUGGACAGUUCACGUAUAAAUGAAUUUGGUUUUGGUGGUGAGGAUGAGCAGGUCGCCAGUGCGGAUGUAAUUCCUGCAAAACCUGAAGAGAAGAAAACCAAUUGAGUUGGGUUUUUGUCGAUCUUUUGAAACUAAAUUGCAGAAUAUAACUGUAAAAUUCAGAAACCUUUUUUUGUCAUUUCAACAUUAGAAUGUUAUUUCAGAAAUAUGAUUGGUUAACUUAUAGGCCGUCUGUGCUGCUUUAGUAAGAAUUGUUGGAUUAGAGUAAGGGAUGUUGGAACAUAUUGCACUUCAUCUUCACUUCCAGAGUAAGGGAGAAGAAAAUAUUUUGCUGUAUGUAUGACUACUGGCUUUAGAAACGGAUUUCAUUUUUGCCUGGUAA